GAUGAUAACUUGCUCUUGCUUCUGCGAGCAGAGUUAUAUCUAACCAUGAAGAACUAUGAGCAAGCCCUGCGGGAUGCAGAUGCAGUCUGCCAAAGGGAGCCUCUCCUGACUAAGGGGCACCAUAUCAAAGCUCAGAUUCUUUCCGGAUUGGGAAGAAGUAAAGAAGUGUUAAAGGAAUUUAUCUACUGCCUUGCUUUAAAUCCUGAAUGUAACUCAGCAAAGAAAGAGACACAGAAGGUUAUAUGUGAGGUGUUCUUUCCAGCUUCAGAGAAUGAGCAUCAAAAUUCAACAGCUCCUACCCAAAUCGGACCAAAGGCCCAUUGUGAUGACCAGAUGAAUCCCCAGCAUCCUCUGGAAGAAGGCAGUGAUGCUAAUACAGGCAGUUCAGAGAAUCCAUCUGAGAAGUCUGAUGUACUCGGGAAUGCCAGUUCUUCGGUUUUAUAUUUUAUUCUGGGCCUACACUGUGAAGAGGACAAAAAGGCUUUGGAAGGUGUCAUCCCAGCAGCACCAAGCAGCACUUUAAAGAGACAGCUUCCAAGUGACACAGAAGAUGAGUGUGACAGAAACACUCCCGAAAAAGUCCCCAAGAAAGAUUCCUCACCUCAGGGGAACGUGAACUCUCUGGAAGAGCCAGAGUUCACGAUUGACGUGACUGACUUUGAGUGUGCUCUGUGCAUGAGGUUGCUCUUUGAACCUGUCACUACGCCCUGCGGACAUACAUUUUGCCUAAAAUGCCUUGAGCGCUGCCUUGACCAUGCUCCACACUGCCCACUGUGCAAGGACAAGCUUUCAGAGUUGUUGGCAACCAGAAACUUUAAUGUAACUGUCCUGACUGAAGAAUUGAUGUUCCGAUACUUACCAGAAGAGCUGUCUGCUAGGAAGAGGACUUACGACGAAGAAAUGUCAGAACUAUCAAACCUGACCAGAGAUGUGCCCAUCUUUGUGUGUGCCAUGGCCUUCCCUACAGUUCCCUGCCCUCUCCAUGUCUUUGAGCCCCGCUAUCGCCUCAUGAUAAGAAGAUGCAUGGAAACUGGCACCAAGCGGUUUGGCAUGUGUUUAUCUGCAGAGAAUGCAGGAAUUUCGGAGUACGGCUGCAUGCUGGAGAUAAAGGAUGUCAGAACUUUUCCCGAUGGAAGCUCCGUUGUGGAUGCAGUAGGGAUUAGCCGCUUCAGAGUACUGAACCAUCGCCACAGGGAUGGCUAUAACACAGCGGACAUCGAGUACCUGGAAGAUGAGAAGGUGGAAGGUGCGGAGUAUGAAGAACUCGCUGCCCUUCACGAGUCGGUGUACCAGCAGUCUGUUUCCUGGUUUGCCUCUCUCCAGGAUCACAUGAAAAAACAAAUCCUAAGCCAUUUCGGGUCGAUGCCAGAGAGGGAACCUGAGCCACAGAGCAAUUCUAGUGGUCCUGCAUGGUCCUGGUGGAUUCUGGCGGUGUUGCCGUUGGAACGCAAGGCUCAGCUGGCCAUUCUCGGCAUGGCCUCCUUGAAAGAGCGUCUGCUUGCCAUUCGACGGAUAUUGGUCAUCAUUACACGUAAGAUGAAUAGUCGCCAAGAGAUGGCUAACAAUGCAGAGAGAGAUAAUUGA